AAGUUAAUAUUUACAGUGAAUCAUAACUAAUCAAGAUAAAAACUUUCUUUUUAAGAUUAAUGAACAAUAUUUACCUAAACACUUAUAAGAAUUGAUUUAAUGAUAACAGGUAAUUAUUAUCUAUGGUUACGAGGCAACAUUGCUUGGAGAAGGCAAAGAAAAAUCAAAUUGAAACAAUUAACGGUAGUUGGGAAAACGCGAGACCCAAAAGAAAUUAAAUUGUGACUAAAAUCAACCAAUAUCUCAACAAUUAGUCUUGAAUUGUUACUAAAUCAAAAUGAUUCCAAAAGAAAUCGUGUUAACCCUAAUUCUGAUUAGUUACUUAAUUGUGAUCACUAAUUGUCAAGGAGCUUAUGAUCCAUUUCAAAGUUAUGGCGGAGAAAAAAAAGGAUCUUUUAAUCCAAGUGAAAUAACGGCGAUCGUCGUGGGCUCGUUCGCGGGUCUUUGUGCGCUCGGAGUGACCUUCUUUUUCUGCUAUUAUGUUUACCACCACGACCACAAACACUCACAUUUAGGUGGUGGUGAUGGUGGAGGAAGAUACUCACCCCCUGGUACUUAUGUUAAUUUUAAUCAACCCUAAUUACCUUAAUUGUUUGUCAAAUUGUCCUCUCAGCAUCAACUAGUCAUUUGUUCAAUGUAAUUUUAGUUUGCCAAUCACUUGUUCAUAUAACCAUUACAAUUAGCUGAUCAUCGUCAUCAUCAACAACAAUAACAGUUAACAAACAACAAUAACUUUCCCAUGAUUAACUAAUUUUGUACAUAAUUCAAUUGAUUAAUUAAGACUAAUUUUAAUUUUUCUUUUCCAUA